GGUAGAACAGGUUCUUAGCUGUACCCAAAGUAUCGUUGAUAGUAGAUCUGUACCAACAGUCUAAAGUACAAUCACUCCAACAGCACAACAAAACAACUCGUCUAGAAUGGCCUAUUUUAGUGGAGCUGCUGAGAGGUUUGAGCGCACCAAGCCAAUAGUGAAUGUGGGAACCAUCGGCCACGUGGACCACGGAAAGACCACACUAACCGCUGCCAUAUCCACAAUACUGGCUAAAAAGUAUGGGGGCGAGGCCAGAGACUUUGCAUCCAUCGACAACGCUCCCGAGGAAAGAGAACGAGGAAUAACCAUCAACACUGCACAUGUGGAAUACAACACUCCGACAAGGCAUUACGCGCACGUGGACUGUCCAGGACACGCAGACUACGUGAAGAACAUGAUCACCGGCGCAGCGCAGAUGGACGGGGCAGUUCUGGUUGUAUCCGCUGGGGACGGACCCAUGCCGCAAACCCGGGAACACAUUCUACUGGCCAGACAAGUGGGUGUUCCACGAAUCGUGGUGUUCAUGAACAAAGUGGACCAAGUGGACGAUGAGGAACUACUUGACCUGGUGGAGCUGGAAAUCAGGAAGCUUCUCAGCAGUUAUGAGUUUCCUGGGGACGACAUCCCGAUUGUCAGGGGAUCUGCCCUGGGAGCCCUGAAUGGUGAAAAAGAAUGGGAGGCCAAGAUCGUGGAGCUGGCGGAGGCUCUUGACAAAUACAUACCUGAACCGGAGCGGGCGGUGGACCAACCGUUCCUUAUGCCGAUUGAGGAUGUCUUCUCCAUUACAGGUCGCGGCACUGUGGUGACAGGCCGGAUCGAACAUGGGGUCAUCAAAGUUGGGGAAGAAGUGGCCAUUGUUGGGAUAAGGGAGACAACUAGUACGACUUGCACAGGUGUUGAGAUGUUCCGGAAACUGUUGGAUGAAGGCAGGGCUGGUGAUAACGUCGGUGUUCUGCUGAGGGGCACGAAGAAGGAUGAGGUGGAACGUGGUCAGGUGUUGGCCAAGCCUGGAAGCAUCACUCCUCAUAACAAAUUUGAAGCUGAGGUGUACAUCCUGGCUAAAGAGGAAGGCGGACGUCAUGAACCGAUUUUCAAUGGCUAUCGACCUCAGUUCUAUUUCCGGACAACAGACGUCACAGGAGCCAUCCAGCUUCCCGAUGAUGUGGAAAUGGUGAUGCCAGGAGAUAACGUCUCUAUAACAGUAGAGCUGAUCGCUCCCAUCGCCAUGGAUGAAGGCCUGAGGUUCGCCAUCCGUGAGGGGGGACGGACUGUCGGUGCCGGGGCUGUGGCUAAGAUAAUCGAAUAGAAUUCAAGCUAUUUCUUAGGAAUACGGGAUGUCAGAGGACUUCCUCCGGCCGGUAGCUGCCUCGACUGCCGAGCUGUUUCAUCCCAGAAGCUAGUAGAAGAGUAGAGAAGCGUGUAUUCAGUUGGGUUGUGGGUUCUGGUGUUUUAGGAUAGCGAGAUGACAGAGGAAUAUUUCUUGUAAGUUACUUGUCUUUUAGUGGAUCUAUUGUGUUAGACAAAGUUAACAUCAGUCAGACCAACAAAAAUAGAAAAGAAUAAAAAAUGAACGAUCAAAAAUAGCCAAAAAAGAACGAUCAAUGAUUACAUAAAUUUUCUUC